GGAAGAAUUUGCAAAGUGAGAGAGAGAGCUACGAAACCCAAAUUCCAUGAAGUUUGAGGCGUCUCAUGGGAGUUGCAUGAGAGGUUUUGAUGGAAUUGCGGUAGUUUUUCAAGCAUCGAAGCUCUCACUGAUGGCGUGGGAAUCGACGUGAUGGCGCAACGCUUCUUUUCAGAACCCCGGAUGAAUCGUUGCUGCCUCGUUGCCUUUGUGGUGGUGGAUGAGCGGCCGUUGGGACAAUGGUUUAUUUGUUUUUGUUUUUGUUUGUUUGUUUGUUUGUGUGUUGACGUGGUUGUGGUGGUCGUCGCUGAGGGAAUGAAAAUCGGCAGGGAAUCGCAGCUCCAAUGGACUCCGUCGCACUGCUCACACCAACCCUGAUGGCGUUGCUCGCACGCGGGCUGGGAAACAUCUCACGCUGCUGCCGGAGCUGCUAUUUCAAGCCACCCAUCUCAGCCUAGUCCAUAUUUAUUUUUAUUUAUACGAUUUUUUUUCUUAUUUUUGUGGUUUUUGUGGUUUUCGUUUUUCGAUUUUCGUUUUUGUGGUUCGAGCGUAGGUCUUUGGACACGAGUCUCAUUGCUCGUCGAAUCAUGGAGCUGUAGAAGCUAGGUUGAAGCUCUUCGGGGGCGGUUUCCUUUUUGGGUUCAAUGCCGAUCACCUCGAUCCUGAGAGCGGGAGUUUGCAUGUUGGUGUCUGAAUUUGGUUGGGAUGGGUUGGAUGAGGGUUGGUCGUUGAAUUUGUUGUUUGUGCUUGGGAGGGCGUGAACGGACAGUGUGGGAUGUUUUUGUUUGGUUUUGUGAAUUGUUGAAUCAGUUGCGAGAGGGUUUUUGGUUUUUUGGUUUGUGGGGUCCUGUAUAGGUUUGUUGAGUUGGAGGAUGGGCGUUGGCUCGCGGAGCUUGUGCUAGAGAUGGUGGGAUUGUGGAAGAGAAGCCGGACGAAGUUUUAGGGUUUUCAGGGCGGGGGGGGGGGGUUUUCGCCAUGGAGGACAGGGCUGCGUAUCCCGUGCAACGGAAGUGUGGGGUGCUGAAGAAGAAGAAGAGGGUGGAAGAGGUGGGGCCAGCUGAAGAGACGUUCGUUCCUGUCGUUGCGCCUGGCCACGGAGUUUUGAAGAAGAAGAAUCCAAAGAUGGUGGAGGUCGGUAGUAAUGAUCCGUAUCCAAUGCCAAUCUAUGAACCGCCCCUGCCGAUGGAUGACCCACCCUCAGCAUCAGCGAAUGAUCUCCCACGCUCGGGUGUACUGAAGAAGCGGAAGAUGAAGGUGGCCAAACCUCCGAGACCCAACCUAGUGUUGAGAGUGGACGAUUCCGCCACGGAAUCAGAAGUGGAUGGAAAUGCGCGCGAGGUAACUGUUGCGACCGUGGCGCCCCCCGCAAGAGCUCCGAAUCAGGAACAUCGUGCGAAGGGCUUAUUGAAACGGAAAUUUGUGAAUAACGAGGGCCCUGCCAAAAAUGAGUUUACUCCACCUCCUGAACAUCAUCCCGUUAUGGAGGUGCAGCAACCAAAAGCUGGUGAUCGGAGAAAAACGAUGAUCAAAGAACUUGCUGCAUCUUAUCGGAACGAUUGUCAAACUUACUGCAGACAGAUUUUGCAAUUACAGCGGCAAUGGAAAGAGCAAGAAAUACCAAUCCUCCCUCAAGCACCAGCAGAAACUGAAAAUACUCGAAGAGCUUCGGGUUAUAAGAAGAAUGGGUCACGUAGAGGCCGCAGAUCUUACAAAAACAACAAUGAAAACGAUGAUGGUCCAUUGCAGCUGGUGAAUGGCAAGAUGCCAUUACGAAGACGUGUAGGAUGGCGAGCUAAUGAACGGGAGGCGCUGCGGCGAGGAUUGCUGAUGUUUGGUUUAGGCAGAUCUGAGAAAGUUAGGAGCAUAAUGCGAACUCUACUGAAGUUUUCUCGUCAUGGUCUUGGCGAUAUAGCGGAUUCAUGCUGGGAGUUUGUCAAAGGUUGUGGAACUUAUGCAGAGGCCAAAGAAAGGGAGUAUGCAGUGAAACGAUUGCAGGAGGCCAUGGACCAUGGAAUAGAAAUGGCAGGCCCAGAAGUUUCCGCAAGAGUCGGUGAGUUCGACAAGGUAGCGAGGAAUGGUUCAGUCUGGCUGAAGCGAUUGAAGCUCCUGGAUAACCUCGCGGAUGUCGUCAGGAUUUGCGCAAAUAAGGAAACUCGAGAGGCUGCGUAUAGAGCUAUUGAUAAUCUGAGAGAUGCCAGCGUCCCUCAUGAUGGAUGGGGAAGAGAAGCGGACUUGGCUUUGCUGGCUGGUGUUUACAAGCAUGGUUUCGGGAAUUAUGAGUCUUUGCGUAAAGAUGAACAGUUUUCAGAGACUUUCACAAAAGUGUUCAAUGCACCUGAUCUUGACGACAGGGAUGGAGAUGUAGAUCCACAAUUGUCAAGCAGAGAUAAACCAGAUUGGCCAGAUGCGAACACUUUGACACGUCGACUCAAGCGUCUAGUGGAUCAUAUUAUCCGAGUUGGCCAACAGGCAAACAAGGGGCCUAAGGCCUCUGAAGCCCCACACGUGCCACGAUCACUAAAAUGGAGUAAAAGGGAUAAGAUGGAAUUCUUUCGACAACUGAUGCGAUGGGGCCUCCCACUGGCACCAGGGAGAGGUGCUGUUAGGUGGCAAUUGUUGACAGAGAGAUCGACUAAUGCUUCUUUGAAGAAGAGAGAUGACAGUAGUCUGGAAACUUGUUAUCGCGGUAUCUUCAGGGAGAUGAAGCAGCUUGUGGAUGGUCCUGAAGAUAUGCAAGAAGAUGGGAUGGAAAGGUCCAAUGGCAAGAGGAAGAGGAAUGCUGCAUCAAAUAGGCUUGCUGCUAAGACUCCAGAAUUUAGUAUUCUUGAGCAAUCGUCGUUUAGCCCUAGUGUGCCUCAGGAUACAAUUGGACCGUCUAUCCUCAACGAGAAAAGCGCGGUGAGGCUGAAAGACCGACUGGAGCUCAUUGAUACUAUGCGGCAGGUGUCUGAGACUCUUCAAGAUGAAGAUUGGGAUACUUUAGGCCUUUCCUUACAUCAUGGCUAUGAUAUGCCAUCUUGGUGGGAGGCUGGUUACCAUGACAAUGCUCUUAUCAAGGGAGUGCUAGAAUAUGGAUAUGGGUCUUGGGAUGAGAUUUUUGCUGAUGAAAGCUUGGGAUUCCCUGAUGAUAUCGUUUUGAGGGACGGAGAAGAUGGACCAGCGACACUGGCCAAACCAACAUCCAAGGCAUGUAUAAAGAGGGUGAAGUUUAUUGUGAACAACUGCCGGCGUUACUUACGUAAACUCAAGCAACCGCCUCGGAGGACAAAGCCGACUUCUGAAGUAAAAGAGGCAAAGGAUCCAAGGGAGAUAAAGCGUUUCAAAUAUGCUCGUGCUGUGGAGGUUACCCGGGAUUCAGCCAGCAGACCUAUUUUACCACUGGUUUUGACUGAUAGUCUCAGGCUUGCAAAUCUUGGAAGAAUUGAGCCAGAUAGGCCAGGGUUCCACAAUGAACGCCAUAUCUUUCCAAUUGGUUUCACCACUCUCCGAGAUCACGCCAGUAUGAUUGAUCCGAAUGGACGGACAACAUAUACUUGCACUAUAAUUGACACUGGGGGUCCUGGGCCUAUAUUUCGUGUAUAUCCAGAAGACGAUCCUGGUUUGCUGAUAGAAAGGGAUUCUGCUUCAGGUUCAUGGGUUGUCAUUUGUGCUCAAGUUAACAGAGUGCGGGGCAUUGAACGUGAGAAGGUCACUGUAAGUGGAACAGAGAUGUUUGGACUGUCCCAUCCAGAAGUAUGUCGUUUGAUACAAGAGCUGCCUGGGGCUGAGCUAUGUAAAAAUUUCCGCCCUGAGUUAUCCUUUUCCAGAUUUGGCCCACAAGUCGUAGCUAGACCAGUCAUUGAAGAUUCAAGCUUAUUGUUGGAUAGUGUAUUGGGAAGGUCUGCUCAACCAGCUCCUGAUUCAGAGGUGGAAGAAGUGGAUGAAGGGGGUAGUGACAGGGAUGAGAUAUCAAUGUCAGCUUGGCAUGUCAAAGCUGUUGAACCAAGAACGGGGAAGACACUCGUUCGCCCUCCAGCUAAUCGAUCUAUGGAAUACGACGAAGAAGAUGAGGAGGAAGAGGAGUUUAAUGAGAACGAUGAGGACAACAAUGGCUAUGAUGAGAGCACGGACGAAGUUGAUUAAGAAUGAAGUCCCAGCUUGGUGGCUAUUGUAGACACCCGGCAAAAGCCUGUGUAGAGCUGAUGCAGGCAUUGGCAAACCUUUUCUACGAGUUGGUGUAUUGAUGAAUGCUUGAUUUGAUGAGGUCCACUGAACCCCGAGGAAAGUCUCAAAUGAACUACAAACAGCAAAUGCAGCGUUAGGUUGCAAUUCGUUUCUCAGUUAAGAGCGUUAUUUCUGACUGCAGACGGAGCUCCAGAUUACACUCAGAUUACAUCCCCAAAGCUACUGAAACUUUUUAUGGGGACCUGACGCUGCAGCAGCUGAAGUGGAAAAGUAGUAAAAUAUAACUUUUCUCCUACAGGGGAGCUUCCGUGUAAAACAUAUUGAAUGACCUGAUGAUGCAUGUUGGGACAUGAAUGGCAUUUUCUUGUGAUGAUUGCAUAAAAUUUUCAAUGUCAAGGGCUUUCCACUCUC